UCUCUCUCUCUCUCUCUCUCUCUCUGAUGCUUAUGAACUUCAUUAACUGACAAUAAACGGAAGCAGGAAGGAGUAUUAAGAGCAGGGUUUUGCAGUUAUUACGAGGGAGUCCUUUUGGUGAAGGUCUGUUGAAUUCCUGCAGGCGCUGCUGCUGCUGCUGUUCUGGCCUUGUUUUAAUGUAUACCAGUCCUUUUUUCCACCCCAUUGCAAGAACCCAAAAUACCCAGAAAGAAAAGAUGAACUGUCCAUUUCUCAGCUGAUUCAAAUCCAAGUUUUUCUCUUUCUUUUCUUUUUUUCUUAGGCUUUUCCAUAUUGUGGGUCGCUUCCCAAUGUCAAGGUACCAUUGUUAGUCUAGUCUCUUUCUUUCUUUCUGCUCCCUCCUCCAGAAAAAUUUCUUAAAUUCAAUCUCUCUCUCUUUCUCUUUCUGCGUGACCACCAACUGAUGAUGCAAUUCACUGAAAUCCCACCACCACAACCUCAAACCCCCUCCUUCCACCAAUCACCACCACCAUUCUUUUCCAGCCUCUCCAUGAACAAGAACCAAGUGCACCGAACCCGCCCUUGGCCCGGCUUCCCGAUGCCCAAGUCCUUGGGGAGCCUCGGAGACGCGAAUUGCAUGGAGCAGCUGCUAGUGCACUGUGCAAACGCCAUCGAGACCAAUGACGCGACCCUCGCCCAGCAGAUCCUCUGGGUCCUCAACAACAUUGCCCCGGCCGAUGGCGACUCGAAUCAGCGGCUCACGUGUGGCUUCCUCCGGGCCCUCAUUGCUCGGGCCGCCAAGAGCGGUACGUGCAAGAUGCUGGCGGCCAUGGCGAAUGCGCAGAACUACGACAACCUGUGCAAUGAGACGCAUAAGUUCUCCAUCAUUGAGCUUGCGAAUUUCGUCGACCUGACCCCGUGGCAUCGGUUCGGAUUCACCGCAGCGAAUGCCACCAUAAUCGAAGCAGUCGAAGGGUAUUCGGUGGUUCACAUAGUCGACUUGAGCACGACGCAUUGCAUGCAGAUUCCUACUCUUAUUGAUGCAAUCGCCAAUCGUCUUGAAGGGCCCCCAUUGGUGAAGCUCACGGUUGCCGGCGCUGUGGAGGAUGCGCCGCCCAUGCUUGACCUUUCGUACGAAGAGUUGGGAUCCAAGUUGGUGAGUUUCGCAAGGUCUCGAAACAUACACAUGGAAUUUCAGGUCAUUUCUUCGAGUUACGCAGACGGAUUCUCGUCCUUGAUUGAACAACUCAGGAUGCAGAAACUAAUGUACUCGGGAGGAGUUGGUGAACCGGAAGCACUGGUUAUAAAUUGUCACAUGAUGCUUCACUUUGUGCCCGACGAGACCGUUCCGUUAAUAUCGGAUUCCGAAGCAAACCCUAAUUACCUCUUUGAGUCUUCAUCGGUAUAUUCUCCUCGGUCGACCCUCCUUAAGGCACUUCGGUGCUUAGACCCGAACGUUGUCAUCAUAGUGGACGAGGAUGCGGACUUCACAUCGAAUAAUGUCGCCUCGAGAUUGCGGUCAGCAUUCAAUUAUCUUUGGAUUCCUUACGACACGGUCGACACGUUCCUCCCGAGGGGAAGCAAGCAGAGGCAGUGGUAUGAGUCUUACAUAUACUGGAAGAUACAAAAUAUCAUCGCGCAAGAGGGUCUUCAGAGAAUCGAGAGGCUCGAGCCGAAGAGCCGGUGGGUGCAGCGGAUGAGGAACGCGGACUUUCGGGCCGUCCCAUUCGGAGAUGAUGCAGUCUCGGAAGUCAAGGCCAUGCUCGACGAGCAUGCAGCGGGCUGGGGAUUGAAGAAGGAAGAAGAUGAUCUUGUAUUAACAUGGAAGGGACAUAAUGUAGCUUUUGCCGCUGCAUGGUUGCCUGCUUGAUCAACUCUUUUUUAUGGAUUUAGGCUUUAGUGCUCUUUCGCAGCUUGUUAAGUAGUUCAUUCGUCAUCAAUUUACUAGACUCUACGUUGAUUAGCUACUCCUUUUAGCAUCUUCCAAAAUUGGAUGACAGAGAGAGGUGAGGAAUCAUCUAGCUGAUACUUAGUUUGUUCCAGAUCAUAAAUAUAUUGACCAUCUCUCUCUCUC